AUGGAACCAGUGCGGCAGUCGGAAAGAAGUAUCUCCGAUCCCGGCACCAAAUUACAACGCAACGAUUCCACACCAAACGAACCGCGAAGAGGUAAACGUAAAGUGCGCAGGACAGCUGGGGCCGUCACGCAGUCAACAUCAUCGUCUGAAGUGGCACAGACGAUUAGCUUGGACCAUUGUAACGCACAAUAUGCGGCGCAAAUCUACGACGAACCUGCCAUGAUCGGGUCGAAUCGUGGCUCCUUCGAAUCCUCCGAACGGCCAACCCCAUUCCCCAAAAUCGAAGAUGAACUGAGCGCCCAAGAGAAAGAACAAAAGGAAGGCUCGAAACCGAAACGUUUACGUGACGGACACAAACGAUCUACGUCGGGCAGCGUCUUGUCUCGAUUUGCCUUUUUGCGGACCAACAGCGACCAACAAGACAAAAGUGACAGCGUCGAUCGUGAUGGCUCCGACACCAUCACCCACGCCCACGGGCGGGGCGCCAUGGCAGAAGCCCAGGCCCAGACGAAGAGGAAGCGCAAAGGUUCCUUGAGAAAAACCGUCCUCGGAAAAGGAAGAGACAGGAAGAACUCUGACAAGAAAAGCCCUCUUUCAAGCACCCCCGAUUCCGCGACCCUGACCAAGACGACGACGCGGUCGCCAGGGGACGCGGAGGCACCAGCGCUUUUGACACCGCGAGCGAGUCAAGAACCGUCAAGUAGUCCCGCAUCGCCCGACUCGCCGCCUUGGUCGUUCCGCACACUCUCGCGCGUGUCCAUCCCGUCGAUACGCAGCAGCAUUGCGUCCAUCGAGCCCGCGUCGUCUGCCACCUCGAUCACCAGCCCGACCAUGCCCACGGACGCGUCGACGGAUGACGAAGAGCUGGUGUUGCCGCCGCGCAUGUCGGCGCUGAGGAAGAUGCCCUCGUCGACCUCGUCGUCGUUUGGCGACUCGUACUUCCCGAUCCAAGACCCUGUGCGUCGCAUGUUUGCUUCCCGCACCCGCUCACCGCUCGCUACCCAGCCGCAGUCGAUCGCCGGGACGCCGCCGGAGGAAGAGGGCUGGGACUAUUCGGAGACGGCAUUCUGGGGCUACGUGAUCCUGGUUGUGACGUGGAUCGUCUUCGUCGUGGGCAUGGGCUCUUGCUUCGAUAUUUGGUCGUGGGCGUGGGACGUGGGAGAAACACCCUACGCGCCGCCCGAACUGGAAGACGACCCUACCUUGCCGAUUGUCGGGUAUUAUCCUGCCCUGCUGGUCUUGACGUGUGUCAUGGCCUGGGUAUGGGUUGUGGUGGCGUGGGUUGGUAUGAAAUAUUUCAGACACGCAGAUUUCAAAGGAGAUGAUGGAUAA